AGCAAUUGCUGCUCAAGAUCAAGGCACAUUGGUUUGACGCAGGGCGGGCAGGCUAACGUCCCCUACUGGGCAAAGUGCCGGUAUUAUCGCAGUGAUGCGCGUCAUUGAUUUAUCCCAGGUUGUCGUUAAAGCGGAGCUUCUUUGCAUUGUCGUCUGUUAUGCCCUGGCCACAUGCCGUUAUGCUCGAACAAUUUGGAUGAACUGUUGUGGUUUGGCAUUGAACGAUUUGCGAUUGUUCAGUUCGUGUGUUCGCAUUAUCAAAGGGUGCAAGGGCUUCUUUUGGCAGGGUAGUGGCGCGGAAUGCCAAAUUGAAGUGCACAAGCGAGCCGUCAGGGUUCAUAUUGCGCGUGCAUUUUGUGGUAUAGCUUCUGUGGCAAUUCUCGUGUACGUCCCGAUGUCGCAUUUCACUGCAGACGACCGCCAGCAUAUUGUGCCAGUGCGGGUGCAUGAAGCUUGGUGCGGAGUCAUAUGCGCAAUAGUUGCUGUGUCCCCACGACUGUCGACGUCACGGCUACUUCACGUCUCGUACGCUCUCAUUGCGUUUUCAAAUGUGGUAACAUUGUCACCAUUGUUGCAAACCGCGUCUAGCGUUGCUACCCUUCAUGGCCACAUCAUAUUUGAGUGUCUGGCCUUUAGCUUAUUGGACUUGUACCUUCCAGCGAACUUGAUAUUUGCAACUGUUUCCUAUUUGACCGCCGCGCUGACUUUUCUUGUUGGGGAUUCCAGUGGCAGUGCUGCCAUCGACCCGCAUACACUGGAAGAUUGUCUGUACGGUUGGUUCAGUGUUACUAUAUUGCUUUCGGUUGCAAACGCUGCUCUUUCCAAGGCGGUUGUUGUCCGUCUAGACGGCGAGUCAUUUAGGAACGAGCUGCGCGCCGCAAAGUCGAUCUUGGCAGGCACAUGUGACGCUGUGGUGGAACUUGAUGCAGAAUUGAGGCUAGCACAGCUCUCUCCGAAGCUCGCGGACCUGCUCAUGUUAAGCCCUGAGCGAGUCGCGGGUAACGCGAGCAUGUCGUCUCUCCUUGCCACGGAGGCCGACCGCGAGAAGUUCUCCCAAGAGGUAACCUCCAGUACGACACAUGAUGAGUUUUGCAAGGCCUUUCACGUGAGCAUGAAGGAUAGCCGUGGCAUCUCGGUACCAGUGGAGGCGUUCUGCGUGCGUUUCAACGGCGUCGGUGAUAAGGAAUCGUUUCUGCUUGGCUUCCGGGAGUUUGUAGACACGGUUUCGCCCAGGAGGGACCAGUUUGUUUCGCCUGGAUUGCCCAGUGCUGCGCUGACGAUCGAUGUCCAAAGCAGGCUGCAAUCGCAAGAGGACCAGAGCACAGAACGCAGCAAUUCCGAAGAUGGAUCGGGUCUGACGUCAGCUGUACCUGAGCUUGCCAUUUGGUUUGAUGUUGUGACGCCAGCGUUCACAAUGCUCUGCUGCACGAGUGCCUUGAAGUUGCUUGCUGGUAGUUCUUGGGCACAGAUCUGCAAGUUUGAGCAGAGUCUUCUGCAAUGCAUCCAGCCAGCAAUGCGAGAGGACUUUGAGUAUUGGGUUCGUUUCUGCGUCGACAAGUCAGAUAACAGUGCCAGUCAGGGAGAAGCUGCGCCGCUGGAAGUGGGAUCAGUUCGCUUCCGUUUCAGUGAGCAUCAUCAUCGUUUCCACCUCGCCAUCGAGAGCAACGUGACGCUAGUCCUGGCCCCGCAAGAUCGCGAGGAUUGGCCCGCCGGCCUGGGCGAGACGUCGCGCGUGGUGAAGAUCGUUCUCGAGAGGCCCAAGUGGAUCCAGGGGGGGCACUGGACCUCCACGAACGUCCACACGCCCCUGCCGAAUGACAUCUCCGUGCUGGCCGGCGCCCUGGAGUCGGACGGCUCCCUGGCGCCGCUUGGCCGGUCGGCGCGCUCGCACGUCGGCCGCCGUGGGCGGAGCGCCCGCGGCCGGCGAUCGGGGGGGAGCGCCGACGGCAGGCGCUCCCGGGACAGCGGCGAGCAGCGCCUCGGCCCUGGGGGCCACGGAGCCACUGGCCAGGGCGGCCCCGGUCGCAGCGCCAGCGGCUCCGCGGGAAGCGGGCGCGCCGGCCAGGCGGGCGCCCACAACAUCCUGGCCCUGUGAUCCGCAGCGCCGGCGCCGGGUGGCCGGGCAGGGCGCGGGCGGCGCAGCGCAGCAGGGAGCCCAGCUGCGCCAGCCCCGCGGCACGGCGAGCAGGCACCGCUGCCCCCACGGAGCCCGGCUUCCGGCAGGGCGCGCGGGGAGAGCGGUGCGCAGUCGGCACCCUCUGCGGGGGAAGCGAGCGCCAGUGCCAGAUCUUCAGCCGCUUGGGUUCAAGGGCCACUCCGUCUCGAGACUUCUCCAGGAGGGAAGGUUGGCGCGCUGGCUCACGGGUCAUCCGUCCGCGCGUUCACUCGUGCAUGCAGCGGCCCGGGCAUCGCGACUCCUGCGCGCCCUGAUCUACGUGCGCAUUGCUGCACAGACAGCGAGCGCAGCGCAACUCGGGGCAGAUAACAUGGUUGCUGGAGUUGUGAUUCGCCCUGGCCCCCGCAAGACUGGCUCGAAGUCCGCUCAGUCUGGAUUGCAAGGUUGGCAGUCUUUGCUCCACGUUGACGUCGCUACGAAGCCCAGCCCUUCGCUAUGUCAGGGAAGCCUGGCGACACCGAUCGGACCUCUACCGGGGAGCACCUCGGCGCUGCCUCCCGCGGCGCUCCUGGGGCGCCCCCGCGCCCCGGUGUUUUGGGGGGUGUCGAGGCCGCCCCGGUCUGCUCGAGAGAUUGCCAAAACAAAUCAGGGGUGGGCGGACUUCCUUGUCCUUGCCUUCGAUGCUGUGUGGCACUUCGUCGGAGGGUAGGCCCGACGUUGCCCCAUCAGCCAGAGCAGUACUGCUACUGAACCUCGCCUUGCCUUUGCGCAAAAAAGAAGUGAUAUCACAUCGCCUUCAAGGCCGGCUGGCUCGAAAGUCAUGGGGCGUUGCGUGAAGUUCAAGGGAGGGGUCAGUGAUAUGCCAGCACCAAGCUUGGCCAUGCCUUCCAUGGCCUUUCGCCAGCUGCCCCUGAG